AUGGACGACGCCCGGUCACUACGGUCCCGAGCGUCCCAGGCCACGCUCAUAUCGCUGGUCGAGCUCGACCCGGCGCCGAUGGAGCCCCCCAACGUCGACAAAGACCUCCCACCGCUGCCCGAGCAACAGGCCGACGGCGCCCUCUCGGACUCGACACCAUCCCUCCAAGCCUCCUCGACCUCGACCUCCCUCGGACUCGGGCUCAGCGGCAGCGGCCAUAGUCCGAUCUACUACCUAACCCGCAUCCAGCGCUACAGCUCCUACGCCUUCACCCUCUUCGGCACGCUACACCUAGCCACAACCUCCCUCAUCCCGCUCGCCGCCCGCUCCGUGGCCGCCUCCGAGUCCUACCUCCUCCUCGCGCGCGAGAUCUACCAGACCCCACUCUCCGAACCUCUGCUCGUCGCCCUGCCGAUCCUCGCCCACGUCGGAUCCGGGCUAGCCCUCCGCCUCCUGCGCCGCAACCAGAACCUGCGCCGGUAUUACGGCGAUCAUUAUCACGAUCACGACCACCACCACCCCGCCUCUUCCUCCUCGCUCGACAACUUAAAGAUCGAUAACGACGGGGCAGAGAACCCCGUAGUAGUAUUCCCUUCUAGACGGGCGGCAGCCGGGGGAUAUCACGGCUGGCCGCCUCUAAGCGGAAUCUCGGUAUCGGGGUAUAUCUUCACGGGAAUACUAGGCGCACACGUGGCCGUCAACCGGCUGCUGCCCCUCUUCUCCGAGGGGGAUAGCGCCAACAUCGGGCUGGCGUAUGUCGCGCACGGGUUUGUGCGGCACCGUGUCGCAAGCUGGGUUGCGUACGGGGUGCUGUUGGGCGCCGGGUGCGGGCAUAUGGUCUGGGGCUGGGCCAAGUGGCUCGGCUUUGCGCAGGCCGCGGGUUGGUCGUGGAGUAGCCUCGAGCGGCACACGGGGAAUGUGAAGGUGGAUAGGGCGGUGAGGCGGAUGCGGAGGAGGAGGUUGCUGCUUAUCAACGGGGUUGCCGUCGCCGUGAUGGGCGUGUGGGCAGUCGGGGGGUUGGGGGUUGUGGCCAGGGGAGGGGAGACGUUGGGCUGGGUGGGCAGGUUGUAUGACGGCUUGUUGGAGAAGGUGCCGGGUUUCUAG